GAGACUGGUGAGCGACUCUUCCGAGUUGCACCACCGCCGACGUUAACGAAUGGCGGCGCCGGCGGUGGAUUCUUCAUUGCCUCUGCUCACGACGAAGAAGAGCGAGGAGGACGAGGAGGGAAGGCGGUCGUGUUGGGAGGACACGUGGAGGGAGUUGAGGUUGGUGUGGUACAUCGCCGGGCCGGCGAUCCUGACGUCGGUGUUCCAGUUCUCGCUGGGGUCGGUGACCCAGACACUGGUCGGCCACAUAGGCACCCUUGAGCUCGCCGCUGUCGGCAUUCAGAACCUCGUCAUCGCCGGCAUCGGUUUUGGUGUCAUGUUGGGUAUGGGGAGUGCCUUAGAAACUCUGUGUGGCCAGGCCUAUGGUGCAGGCAAAAUGAGCAUGCUAGGAAUCUAUCUGCAGAGAUCAUGGGUAAUUCUUUUAGCAACAGCUAUGCUACUAUCCAUGACAUACGUUUUUGCCACACCAAUUUUAAAGCUCUUGGGACAGAAGGAUGAGAUCGCUGAAUUGGCAGGAAGAUUCUCGAUAUGGAUGAUUCCAGAGCUAUUUGCCUUUGCAGUGAAUUUCCCAAUUCAAAAGUUCCUUCAGGCACAAAGCAAGGUCAUGGCAAUGGCAUGGAUUUCUGCAGCUGUUCUGGUUGUUCAUGUGAUUCUGAGCUGGCUUUUUAUCAUAAAAUUGGAAAUGGGAUUGGUUGGGGCUGCGAUCACUCUCAAUUUUGCCUGGUUUCUUUUAGAUGUGGGGCAGCUGGUAUAUGUUCUCUCAGGAAGCUGCAAGGACUCCUGGACUGGUUUCUCAUGGUUGGCUUUCAGGGAGUUGGUCGAUUUCUUAGGGCUUUCCUUGGCUUCAGCUGUCAUGCUAUGCUUGGAAUAUUGGACUCUGAUGGUAUUAGUCAUAUUAGCGGGACUUCUGAAAAAUCCUGAAAUAGCUGUGGAUGCUGCUUCCAUUUGCAUGAAUGUGGAAGGAUGGUGUUUCAUGAUCCCAUUGGGAUUUGUUGCAGCUGUAAGUGUGAGGGUCUCUAACGAGUUGGGGGCAGGGCGUCCAAAGGCUGCAAAGUUCUCGAUGCUGGUAGUGAUAAUGAUAUCAGUGACCAUGCAGACUAUAUUUAUGCUUUUAAUUCUGCUGACAAGAAAGGAUUUUCCAGCACUAUUUACAGACAAUAUAUUAGUAAUGGAUAAAGUAAGCAAAAUUGCUUUAUUUCUGUCUGCUUCGAUUUUUCUCAGUAGCAUACAACCAGUUCUAUCAGGGGUAGCCAUUGGAGCUGGUUGGCAAACUACAGUUGCCUACAUAAACCUUGGUUGCUAUUAUGUGGUGGGGCUAUCAAGUGGUGCCUUAAUGGGUUUCAAAUUAAAUUUGGGCUUAGAGGGUCUUUGGGGUGGUGUGCUUAGUGGUAUUCUUCUGCAGACCAUUAUCCUUGUUGUAAUUACUUGGCAGACAGAUUGGGAUAAAGAGGCAGCAUUAGCAUUGGAGAGAGUUUCAACAUGGGACUGCUUGGUAGAUGUCUCUUCAGCUGGAAGAAUAUAGGGCUCAGAAGCAGAAGAUACCUUUGCCUGUUUCCUUACUUGACAUUCAUGCAAUCAGCAUGGGGCUGUCAUGAAAUGAAACUACUCAAGCACUGGCUCAGAGAAGACUGACGUUUCCCUGAAGCAACUCCAAAAUCUUUCAGAGAUCAAUGAGCAUGACAUGAUAAUUAACUUUGUUUUGUUUCAUUCAAAAGAAAAUGAAAAAAAACUUUGUUUUGUGAGGUCCAUUUUUAGGCAAGUGAGAAUUUGUUUUGAAUC